UGCUACGGCCAUUGUUUUAGUUGCUCACAUAUCCCACAGCAGUCGGAUCCGAGCAUAACGCCUCACCUCCGCUUUCGCAACAGGCUGUGAAUUCUGCAAAAAUCAGAUCUUAUAAAUAUUCGAGUGGUCGCCCAGGCAUAUUCAGCUCACCAUGAUUUCUUUGCUCGUAUCGUUUACCAUCCUCUCACUCUUGCGACCCCAUCCCGCAGCUGGCAUUGUCGUUGAGCCACAGCCAAGGGCAGACAAGCCUGCUGACAGUCGCUUGAAGGAGUUCACUAUUGACCUCGUCAACAGUGAUUUGGCGCCUGAUGGCUACCUCAGAAGCAUGGUUGUCGCAAAUGGAACAUAUCCUGGACCCCCGAUUUUGGUUAACAAGAACUCUUUCCUGUCUGUCACACUCAACAAUGACUUGGUCGAUACUUCCAUGCGAGUAUCCACUUCUCUGGACUUGGACGGAAUCUUCUACACCACAGAAAACUUGUGGAAUGAAGGCAGCCCUUUUGUCACCACUUGCCCUCUCGCACCCGGUAACAGUUUCACGUACACUGUUGACCUUAGCGAAUUUGGCCAGACGGGGACAUACUGGUAUCACAGUCAACUGAGCCUCCAGUAUCUUGAUGGAUUCCGGGGUCCAUUGAUCAUUUACGAUCCGGAUGACCCCUUGGCUCAUUUGUACGAUGUUGACGAUGAGUCCACUAUCAUCCAACUCGGUGACUGGUGGCACAACAGCACCCUGCCUAUGUUCCAGCAAUUCGCAGCCACCGGUAUUAUCCCAGUAUCUGAUUCUGGCACUGUCAAUGGUGUUGGACGAUUCAAUGGCGGGCCCGAGGUUGAUUGGUCUGUUAUUAGCGUCAAGUUUGGCAAGCGAUACCGAUUCCGUAUCAUUAACGAGUCGGCGCGGAAUGUUUUUACUUUCUCGAUCGAUAACCACACUAUGACGGUCAUUGAAGCUGAUGGCCAGGAACUGCAGCCUUCGGUUGUUGACAGCAUCGAGAUGUUGGCAGGGCAGCGUUAUUCUGUCGUGGUGAAAGCGGACCAACGAAUCGGAAAUUACUGGGUCGAUGCGCCCUAUGUCGGCGGAAGCCCUGCAAGAAACUUGAAUCAGAACGCUACUUUGUCCCGAGCUAUUCUGCGGUACGAAGGAGCUCGGAAAGUUGACCCUACAAGUCCCAUGACUUUGGGUCCCGUUGAUGGUACUCCCUUGGUCGAGGGCCAUCUCCGUCCCCUUAACCCUGAACCUGCACCCCCGGCAGAUGUCAACAUCACCCUCGAGUUCGUCGUAGUUGCCGGAAAAGCUAUUUGGAAUGUUAAUGGAGUUUCGUAUCUUCCGCCCGCGGUGCCCACCCUCAUGAAAGUUCUUGAUGGGGCCACGACUGCAGCCGACUUCAACGAGACGGAGAACACAUUUGUCCUUCCCGCCAAUUCCACUAUCCAGAUUGAGUUCCCAGCGAACGAUGAUGAUGAUGCACACCCUAUUCACAUGCACGGUAUGGAUUUCUGGGUUAUCAAGUCUAACACCACCGACGAGAUCAAUACUGUGGACCCUAUCAAGCGCGACACCGUAGCUGCCGGUGCGGCUGGUAGCAUCAUCCGGUUCAGGACUGAUAGACCGGGACCGUGGUUCUUCCACUGUCAUAUCUUUUGGCACAUGCAGGCUGGUCUCGCCACUGUCAUGUUGGCCGAUCCUGCUACUGCUGCGGAGAAGAUUCAUCCUGAUGCUGCUUGGAAUAGCUUGUGCCCCACAUACGACGCACUUGCGCUUGAACAACAGUGAUUACCGGUUUAAGCACUGAAGCUUCAUCAAAUUCAUUACUUACCGGUUAAUAUAUGUGAAUUAUUUCCUCGCGUUCUACGUCUCUUCUUUUGUUCCAGAUUGGAUUGGGGAUAUGCCAAAGCAGUAUGUUGUC